UGAUACAAACAGUUAAUACGAGUUAAACGUUAAUGCAUCUUUAGUUAAAUUUUAUAUGAAUUAACGAAAAUCUAUAUCUAUAUCUGCAUAUAUAACUUCAAUUGUAUAACAAAACUUAAUAAAUUAGUUAAAUGCAAUUUUACGAAGAGGCACCGAAUGGUAUGCAGCAAAACAAAAUGCAACACUGAUUGUUGAUUUUUGCUGUUGCGUUGUUUUGUUUCUAUACAUAUUUCUUGGCUGGUUUGGGAUUAAAAUCAGUCGCUGGAGGAGAACAGCUGAAAACUAAGAUGUGUGAAAAUAUUAAGCCAUAUAAUAAAUAAAUGUAGUUAAGUAAAGCGCAAUAUAAAGGAAAUAUGAAGUUUUUAGUUUAAUUAAUAAAAAGGCUGAACAUUAUUGUAACAGUGGCCAAUAAAGGCGUAAGAAUUUGAGGACUCGCGCUGGUGUUUAAGAAGUGGUAGCCGUGAAAUAACAAAGGUAUGUAAUAAACAGUAAGAGAAGGGCUUAAAGAUUUUGAUGUACCCUUGUGUUCUUAUAAUAAUUGCACCUAAUUGACCUGUGUUAAGCAAAAUAGUAUAGGAAAAGAAGAAUAGCAGGAAAAAUCGUUAAACAAAAUGGGAGGAUGCAAGGUUGUGAGGAUUUUUUAUAACUCUUACUAAUGUGAUGAAAUUUAAUUUACCAAGGUUACUUGCAAACAAAAAGAAAAUAUAAAUUGCUAUAGAAAAAAUGUUGCUAUUGUGCGCACAUACAUUAUUUAUAUAGACAAAACAAAAACAUAAUUCAAACAACUACAAGGUUUAGCGGUUUGGAUGCUGUUAGCAAGAUGUUUGAGCAUGUAUAUAAAUAAGUAUUUGUGCAAAAUUUAAUUGAAGUUGAUUUACGGGAUUAUAUUGUCUUUGCCCAGGAAGUAUCUCAUAAACACCGGUAAAAUUGCAGACGUACCUACAACUACGUUGAUGUGAGCGUAUAAACUUCAGUGUCUACUUAACCCGAGGAGGCACCAAGCAGUGGCAGACGACAGUAGGACGACGAAGUGCAACUUAAGGUGCUACUAUAGUGUGAAUUUUGUAGAACAAAACUAAUCACCAUGAUAAGUGCAUUGCUCUCGCGAUUCAUAAUAUUAUCCUUCGGUACUCUAUAUCCAGCAUAUGCUUCUUACAAAGCUGUACGCACCAAAAAUGUGAAAGAAUAUGUGAAAUGGAUGAUGUAUUGGAUUGUUUACGCUUUCUUUACAUGCAUCGAAACAUUUACGGAUAUCUUUCUCUCAUGGUUUCCAUUUUACUAUGAAGUGAAAGUGAUCAUUGUUUUAUGGCUUUUGUCGCCCGCUACAAAGGGUAGCUCAACAUUGUACAGGAAAUUCGUACACCCCAUGUUGACACGCAGAGAACAGGAAAUUGACGAGUACCUCAAUCAAGCCAAAGAACGUGGCUACUCAGCUGUACUACAAUUGGGCACCAAAGGCGUCAACUAUGCCACCAAUGUCAUCAUGCAAACAGCGCUCAAGGGUGGCGGCAAUCUGGUGCAAACGUUGCGACGCAGCUACAGCUUGAGCGAUCUCUCGGAGCCAGAUGUGCAACGCACACAGGACGAGAUCGACGAAGUCGUGCAAAUGCGUUCACAGCAACGUCUGCUGCGUCCACGUCCACAUGCAAGUAUUGCCCGUUCAGCGUCGGGUACACGCCACUCUACCGGCAUGUAUUUCUCCGAGGUGGAUGUUGCUAAGGGUGCGGAUGGUUUUAACUACAAUAUAAGAUCAUCGGAAGACAUUAGUUCGGGUUACUCCAGCGCCGAACCGGUAUCGGUUGGCCUAAGCAGAACAUCGUCGAUGACAAAUGCUUCGAAAACACGUUUGAAAGCCAGGCGUACUACAGAGGUUAUGUCGGCUAGCUAUACCACGCUUCCACGCACCAAAAAGUCUGAAAAAGUCAUUGGAGCCACGACGAAAACGCGCAGCAAGACGGAGAAGUAGAGAACAGGCAACAAACAAACAGACCAAAAAGCAAGUCGUAAUCAAAUUGAAAGACUCAACAAACAUUGAAAUAAAAAGCAAAAACCUAUACUUUUUGAAGCAAUAGCUUACGAAAAGGCAGCUUAAAUGAUUUCGAUUGCUGUAAAUUUAAUUGAAAUUAUACAUACUAGUAUGCAACUGUUUAUAAACCUAACGAAUUGUUGCCCAUUUUAUAAUUAUUUUUUCUAAGCCGGCAACAUUUGCAGAAUGAACGUUGGCUGAUUUUACUUUAAAAUAAGUAUUACGACUGUUACGCAGAAUCUCUCCACUCCACCGCUCCUAUUACUCCUACUAAUCCCAAAACGUUAUCUCAACACAAUAUCAAGUAAAAGUGAUUGUAGCAUAAAAUAUUAUGUAUAAUCUUAAAGUUAAUUUAUCAUUUACAAUAUAUGCUGUGCAGUAGGAACUCGCUACGUGUGGCCUAUGUGAUACGGCUUGUGUGGAUUAUAUCAUUUGUGUAUGCCGCCAGCUGAGUGCAGGUUUUUAUUUAUUUUAGUUUAUUUACUAAUACUAAUGUUAAAUAGCAUCGAAUGUUUAUGUUUUAUAGCAAUGAAUGCGUGUUUAAUGCGAAAUGCAAGGAUAAAGAAAAAAAUUAAAUAAAUAUUAGAAUUGGAUGCUAGACUUUCAGGUAGCAAAUUACAAAAAUUGUGAACAGAGGUGCUCAACUAUUACUUUGAAUUAUGUUUAAUUAAUUACUUACUUAUAUACAAUACAUACAUAAUAUGAAUCGCACAUGCAUACAUACAAACAUACAUAAAUGUAUUUAUACUUAAGUUCUCGUAACUCCCACAAUCCUUUAUUUUAGCGCAUUAUAUAUAUAUAUAUAUAUAUAUAUGUAUAUAUAUACCUUUGUAUGUAUGUAUUUACCAAUUACAAUUUGUUUCUAUUUCCCUCCGCCAGAUAAUGUACUAUAUACUCGCAUAUUCGACGACGUUUGUAUACAUAGUACAUACCUAGAUACACUAUAUGUAUAAAUGUAAUGAAAAUAGUUACUAACAUUAAGAACGAUAAAUAAAAAAUGCAUUCAGUUUCCUUAAGUGUGUCUAAUAACAUUUAUGUGUAUGUGUGUGCAGAAUAGAGAUAUUUACCUGUUAACUUCGAAUGGAUCGAAGCAAUAAUACGCUUCACAAAUAGAAAAGUUUCCAUACAACAACUUGAUUUUGAUCGUUAAGUUUGCAUGACAGCUAUAGGCAAUAGUGAUUCGAUCUGAACAAUUUGUUCGCAGAUUGUGCCGUUAUCUUGGACAAUAAUGCAUGCCAAAUUUCGUUAAGAUAUCUUGUCAAAUAAAAAAGUUUUCCACAUAAGUACUUGGUUUUGAUUGUUCAGCUAUAUGCUAUAUGGAUCCGAUAUCAACGAUGCCGAGAAAUGCGCAACUUCUUGGAGAGAACGACGUGUGAAAAAUUUCAGAUCGAUAUUUUAAAAACCAAGGUACUAGUUCGCAUAUAAACAGACAGACAGGCCGUUAGACAGCCGGACAUUACCGGCUAAAUCGACUCAGCUCGUCUUGCUGAUCAUUUGCAUAUAUACUUGUACAUAUGUAUAGGUUUUAUACAGUCUCCGAUGUUAUUUAGUAUUACACACUUCGUGGCAAACUGAGCUUGAACAGGGAAUAAUGAUGAGUCUAACGUUCCGGAUCCGGAUAUACAGUUGUAUAUGCAGCUACAUAGAACAGUAAUUCAAUAAAAAAAUUUGUUUUUGCAUCAAAACUUAGUUUUGUCCUGUGCACAUAUGAUUUCAGUUCGAAUGCGGCGCUUAUUAUACCAUCUAAUCAAAUUUGACGCGGACUUUACAUAAAUUUCAGUUAGUUUUGGAGAUGCAGUUCAAGCUGAGUAUGUGAUAUUCAUCUUGUUUUCUCCCCAAUCUUAUCACACAUACUAAAUAAGUAUUUUGGAGCCCUAGUUGCGCUUGCGCUUCUUCUUCGGCUUGACCUUGACCUUGAAAUAAGUUUGUGAAAAACAGUGAAUACAUACAUCGACUAGCAACAAUUCUGUGGCUGUAGUGAAAGCAGCAGCUGCUUGUCGCAUUGCAUUUGUGCAGGUAUACCGAUUCUUGGCUCAACAUAUGGACACCAAUACAUAUACACAUAAUAUAACAUAUGCACAUAUACAAUUCAUACACACAUCCAUAUAUACAUAUGUUUGCAUAUCCAAAUGUACCCGUGCACAUAUGUUAGCCAUUAAGGCGAAAUUAUUUGCAAUGCGCAACACUGCAUUGGUAAAAUAGGAAUCCAGCCUGUGAUCUACGCAUGCCGCAUUUUCACCAUGGUAGUGACUGUACUUUCCAACACAAAUUGCGUUGUGGUGAAAGAUAAAUUAUUUUAAAAUUAUUGUGAGGUAAAUGUAAAACUCUCAAGCAAAAUACGCGUAAAUGUCCCUACACUGGGCGCAUAGUCAUAGAAACCAAUAAUCUCCGUUCGCUAUAUUUGUGCGCAUUUACCACUACACACGUAUAUAGGAAAGGAAAUAAAGACAACUGCUGCUAUUAUGUGUUUCUUACAGCAUCGUUGGCAUUAAUAGUGCCGGUCGCGCCGUACAUAGAAACAAUGUAAAAGUGAGUAAAACCUGAAAUUCGAUGUGCUCACCGACACGAAACACCACCAAAGAUUCGAUUUAACUUUAGUAUAUAUGUAUAGUUGUGUGUAUUGAUAUUUGUAUGCAGCAUGUGUAGAUACCUAAAUAUACAAACAUGUACGCAGACAAAAAUCACCAAAUUUUAAAGAUAAUCGAAACUGUUUAGUGAAAAACAUCUAACUAAAAUUCAAUGUUUAAUGAAACAAACUAUUUUGUUCUCAAAUCAGCAGCUCCAGUAUUUUAAUUUACAAUUAAAAAACAAUCACAGUGAUAUUUGAAAUUUUAUUUUGAAGGUUCGUGCUUCUGAGUUGGGUUUCUUUGCUCUUCUUUGUUAUAUUCUUUCUUGGGGUUACUCCGGACUGCUAUAUACUCCGCUCCUUCAACUGGGCCUGACACCCGGCUCCUUACAGCAAAAAAAAA